GUCAUGGGCUGGUCCAUUCCAGCGUCAUCUAUGGGGGGAGAAGGGGGAGCAGACCCGAGCUGUGGUGUGAUGAAGCAUAAUUUAUCCUAAUUUUCCCUCUUGCGUCUUUUACACUGAGAUCGAACGUUUUGGAAUUUUAGCCAUUGGAAAGUGAACACCAAAACAUUGGACCCGUAUCUGUACAUUGAGAGCUUGGGCUAGGUUUAAACAUUCAAACGAACUAAUCUGAAACCUGAACAUUGUUACAAAGUAUCAACCCGUUUUGAUGUGAUAUUCUUUGAUUGAUCGGUUUUCUUAGACGAUAGAUUUGAAUCAAUACACCCCUGACGCUGGUGGCGCUUCCUAAGUUAUAUCAUGGUGGAAUUCUGAUCGUCUUCUUUUUGUAGCCGUUGUACUCUCUGCGCUGCUAACUUGGUCAGACGUUCUUGUCCUGGGGUUCUCUAGCGGUCAGCUCUGUUUUUUGGUCUAGCUCUAUACCUACACCAGCCGUUCUUAUGGUUGUUAACACAAUGGAUACCGAGGCCGCCAAAAACUACAGAAAAAAAAAAAUUGAGGAGAUUGGCAAGAUGACCGCCCUCAGUCAAGAUGAGAUUGUCAGCAAUACCAGAACAGUGAUACAGGGUCUAGACACCCUGAAGAAUGACUACCAACAAAUUCUGAACACACUUUUGUCCUCCAUGAAAACCAUCAAGAGGGAGAAUGGAGACACGAAUCUCGUUGAAGAGAAAACUAACAUACUACAGAGGUCGCUUGAGACCAUAGAGCUUGGGCUAGGAGAGGGCCAGGUUAUGAUGGACUUGUCUAAUUACUUGUGCAAGAUAGAAGCUGAAAAACAAAAACUUAGAGCUCAAGUUCGGCGACUUUGCCAAGAAAACGGCUGGCUCAGGGAUGAGCUGGCUACAACACAACAAAAAUUACAAUUUAGUGAACAAAGAGUAGCAACACUAGAAGAAGAGAAAAAGCACUUGGAGUUCAUGAAUGAAAUGAAGAAAUUUGAUGAUGGCGAUGGUCAUACAUCUGCUCCACAAGAAGAAAAAGAGUCUGAAGCACCAUCACAGUUAGAUGACCUUGGCUUUCCAGAUGCUGAUGACGAUCAAUCACCAGAAGUGCUCUCCCCAUCCCAACCCAGUGCAAUGGCUCAUGCUGCCAGUGGCGGUUAUGAAAUCCCCGCAAGACUCCGCACUCUCCAUAACCUUGUCAUUCAAUAUGCAUCCCAGGGGCGCUAUGAGGUGGCGGUACCUCUCUGCAAACAGGCCCUGGAGGACCUUGAGAAAACUUCUGGGCAUGACCACCCUGAUGUGGCAACCAUGCUCAAUAUACUGGCCCUUGUGUACAGGGACCAGGGAAAAUACAAGGAAGCUGCCAAUCUACUCAAUGAUGCCCUAAACAUUCGUGAGAAGACCUUAGGCCCUGACCACCCAGCUGUGGCUGCCACAUUAAACAAUUUAGCUGUUUUGUAUGGAAAACGUGGCAAAUACAAAGAAGCAGAACCUUUGUGCAAACGAGCAUUAGAAAUUAGAGAAAAGGUACUAGGUAAAGACCAUCCUGAUGUAGCAAAGCAAUUGAACAAUUUGGCUUUGUUAUGUCAAAAUCAGGGCAAGUAUGAGGAGGUGGAGCAGUACUAUCAGAGAGCACUUGAGAUCUAUGAAGAAAAGCUGGGUCCUGAUGACCCUAAUGUAGCUAAAACUAAAAACAAUUUGGCUUCAGCAUAUUUGAAGCAAGGCAAAUACAAACAAGCAGAAGUUUUAUAUAAAGAAGUUUUAACAAGAGCACAUGAAAAAGAAUUUGGGAAAGUUGAAGGUGAAAAUAAACCUAUAUGGAUGAGAGCCGAAGAACGAGAAGAAAAUAAGGGUAAAAGUAAAGAAGGUGGACCUCCAUUGCCAGAAUAUGGUGGCUGGCACAAGAAUGCCAAAGUUGACAGCCCAACUGUUACCACAACACUGAAGAAUCUUGGUGCCCUUUACCGGAGACAGGGAAAGUACGAGGCUGCAGAAACACUGGAGGAAUGUGCUAUCAAGUCCAAGAAAAAUGCUUUGACCACAGGUGGGAAGAUCGGCAAACUCACAACAGAUUUGGGUAUAAAUGACACCCCGCCUGCCUCCAACAGAGGCCGCGUGGCUGCUCGGCAUGGGCCCUCUGACCCCAACGAAAAUGAGGAUGUGAGUAGUGGAUUGUGGCUAGGGGACGGGAGUGGAAGGAUGCGACGUAGCGGUUCAUUUACCAAAUUGAGGGCGUCGUUGAAGCGCAGCAGUGCUAAACUUGUACAGAAACUCAAAGGAAAGGGCCCUGAAGGCGAAGCAGGUGGAAGCUUUAAUUGGCAUGUACGAAGCCUUUACUAUUCUGAGAGUAUGAAAAGAGCAAGCUCCAUGUCAGUUCUCAACAUAAUCAGCAGUAGUGAUGACAAGUUACAUGAAAGUCGGCGAUCAGUUGGAGACUUGAGUAUACAAAGUACAGGAGACCUUAGUGUACGGGGUAGGACAGCCAGCACAGACCAGUUGCCUGCAAGAUUGUUUUAGCUUGGAAUUUUGUUUAGCUUAAUCAUAUUGUGCUUGAACAGUGAUGAGAGACUGCUUGAAUGAAAGAGAAAAAUAUUUUAGCUUUUUGUACUUUAUAAGGAACUUCACACAAAAAAAUGUAGGCCUAGUUAAAUGUUUAUUACUAUUAGAAAAUCUUUUGUUUUUUUUGGAAAAAAAAGUGUAAAUGUUUUUUGAUUUAUUGCUUGCAAAAGGUUUACUAAAUUACUUUGACCAACUGCUAGGUAUUUAUGAGAUGCUGAGUAUGCUGUAACAAGAUGCUUUUAUAAGCAUUUUUUGAAAAUACAUUAAAAAUCAUUGAAUAUGUAGACCACACCAUCAACAACCACUUUCCUUUUACACAGUAGAAAAAAAUAAACAAAUACAUAAUAAUUAUAAACCUUUUUUUUUUUUUGAGGUUUUUUGUUUUCUUGUGAUUUGGAAACAUAAAAGUCAUCAUGUGUAGCAAAAUUCACUAAGUUUUUAUAGUGGUCAAUCACGUUGAUUAUUCUGUUUUUAAAAAAAAAAAAAUUGUAUCAUUCAUGAAUGGCCAACAGUGGUGUGAGGUAUGGUUGUUUAAGUAUACUAUCCAUCAAAGAAAAUAUUCUGACAAACUUUAACUUCAUUGACAAUAUUUGAAAACGUGAUACAUUUAAUCUUUUUUAUUGCUUUUCUAUUUUUUAAAUUGCCAUCAUCAACUCAGUUCUGCAUCUCCAUCUAGUCAUCAUUUAGUGUUCUUCGUUUUAAAUUUAGGUUGUAGUACUUUUUAAAAACAAAAUCUGUGUGAAAGUAAAGGCAUGCAUGGCUUUAACAUAGGUCUCCCGUACACAACCAAAGGUCUUUCAUCCAUUAGAACUGACUGCCUGGAUGGGGCGAUACUUUCCGUCACAUCAUCGUAACAAGCCACUCCUGCAAGCACCAAACACUUUCACCUAAUUCUCUUUGAUAAAAAAAAAGUCUUCAGGUUUAAAUGUCAUUGUUGGUCUCACAAACAUCUUUUUUUUUUUUGUUUACGGUAUUUCAUUUCUCUUAGUAGAUUGGGCUCAUUCACAUCUUAAAAUGCUGAAAAAAAUCUUAUUUAAAAAAAAAAUUAGAAUAAGUUACUUGAUUUUGUUACAUGUGUUUUUCUUAAACAAGAGUGUGUCUUCUCCAUUAUCAUAUAAAACAAAAACAUUAUUUAGAAAUACCUACCUUAUUUCCAAAGCAUACGUGUAUUUAAAACCUCCAACUCACUCAAUACAUUAUAAUGUUAAUUUAAAGUUAGUGAUAGAAUGUUUUUACAGACUUGUUCUGGCUUGUUGGGAGCUAUCUCAUAGAGAGACAUUUAUCAGACCUUCUCUUUACACACAAAUGUUUCGCUCUUUCUUCUAGAGAGGAGUUUUGUGCCAAAUGAUACUCUGUGUAGCAUUAAUUCCUGACAAGUCUAGAACUGUCACUGGCAUGACCAGAGGGUUGGUUCACAUGUGUUUGCCAUUAUGCAUAGACAUCAUUACAUGUAUAAUUCUCAUUUUUCACCGAUCAAAUUACUGCUUUGUGCUGGAUUUCUUUGAAGAGUGGGUUAACUGGGGGGAAAUAACAAUUGCUUACCUUGCACACUUAUCCCAUUUUAGUUUUUAAUUUCUAAUUUCCAAUUGUUCAUGUAGUUUGAGUUUGGUUGAAUUCUUAUUCAUGAAUUAACCACAUGGAACCCCCAUAGUAUUUAUGUUCUUGUACAUCUCAUCUUUGAUUUUCAUAGUCUCUUCCAUUGAGAUCAAACUUAUCAUGUGGAUUAGCUCAUUGUAUUAAGAGAUGGAGUAAAAACAAUCUUUUAGUGUAUUUGUCAAUCUGAAUAUAGAUGUUAAAAGGCUGUGAUUAUAUAGAUUCAUCAAGUUUUGUCCUCAGUUUCAUCUUAAUUUUUAUUUACCGCUGCUUUUUUUUUUUUGUUUCGCUGUACAUAUACAUAAGCCAAUGUUAGUUCACCCUAUAUUUUUAAAAAUGUUCUGGCAUUCUUACCAGGUUGAAAAUUUUCAAAAAUAUUGUAGGGAAAAUUAGAGAUAAUUUGACUUUGAAUGAAAUUUCUAAUUUGUCAUGUGGAUGUAUCUAUUGUAGUUAUAAACUUUUCUGAUUAGCUUAUCAAAUGCUAUUUAAGUCCAAUAAAAAAAAACAUCUCCUUUUCAUGUGUGUGCGUUUCAUUUUUAAAAAUGUAAAUGGGACUAAUUUUAAUUUAGUCAUUACUACAUCAAAUUUAUGAGUGCAAUGAAAUCUCAUGCGAGAUUAUUUUAAAAUCUUGCUGAUUCUUUUCCCAAUACAUAUUUACUGGGUGGAUGUUGAGGCAAAAAAAUGUAAUAUUUACCCCUAAAGAGAAGAAAACUUAAUCAGUUAUGAAAUGUAACUUGUAGAACAGUAAUAUAUUCUUUAGCCGUUAAAUAUCUAUAUGUAAUCACUGCUAAGGCUGUACUUGUUUAAUAACCCUUUUAUGCCAUUAAUAAUUAAGUUAAUAUAAAAAAAAACAUCUGAGUGUCUUUAUUAAUAUGUAUUAAUUACAAUAAUUUAGUGCUUUUUAGAACAAGAGUGAAUGAAUGAAGUUUGUGAGUUUUGAGAGUGGCCUUAGUGACAUUUUGUUCAAGCAUGAUUACCAUAGAAAUGUGGCUGCCUCACCUUGCAAGCAUAUUAUAAACCAUUCCAUCAAGUAAACGUUUGUUAACAGUACAGUAAUGCUUAUCUCAAUGUAGUGUUGUUUAGUUGUCUAAGUUUAGAAUAAAAUUAUCUUUUUCUCAUUUAUGAAGUCUGCACCUUUCUGAAGCUAAAUCAUUAGUUCCACCCAGAUUAUGUAUAAACAACUUUACUGCUCUAAACAUAUUUAUAAAUUCUUUUAAAGGAUCCAACAUUGAGCGAAACAAAAUCUGGAUAAUUUACUCCCUACCUUUCAAAUGCUAGCUUAACUGUAUUUUUUAAAAUCAAUUUGCCAUGUUGCAUUUAGUGGCAACUUUUUUUUGUCCAGCUUAACUGCCAGUGUUAUCACCACUAGAAUAUUAUGUGCAUAUUAUUUUUGUGCGUGAAUUGAGAGAAAAAUGAAAGUGACUGAAAAAAGGGUAAGACAUAGUUGAGCUAUUGUGCAAUUCAAACAUCAGGGCUUUUUAAUUUAUAUUUUGUAAUGUAUUUUUUCAAGACUUGGCGUGGAAAUAUUUGUUGUAAAUUAUUUCAAAUGCAAUUGGUUUCAAAAUUACUAACGGAAUUCUAUUGCUAGUUUAAUUAAGUUCAAGAGCUGUAUUUAAUUAUUAGUUCACAAUCUAAUAAUAAAUCUAUAUUUUAAUUAUUAUUUUUUUUAAAUUACGAUUAUUGCAACAAAAAAAUAAUUGUGACUCAAUAUUUUAAUAAACUUCAGAAAAUAAAUCAAUGCUUGAACAUCUUAUAAAAUUGUCCAAAACAUUUUAAGGUUUGUUUAUACCCCUUUUUUCAGUCCCUCUAAAAUAUGCUUGUACCACAGUAGAACUUUGUUAUAACCAAACUGUGUCUUGUGAAUACAAUUUUUAUAUAUUAUAAAAAAAAUAUUUGGACAAUCUUUAAAAAAAAACCUGGUUUAGUGAUAAGUAAAACGGACUAACCAUUUCUAACAAACUUAUUAGUAUGGCACCAGAUCAGUGUGUGAAUUGAAAUACCUGUAUUGACGAAUGAAGGCUAUAAUGUAAUGCUUGAUCUUACUGUACACUUAACUAUCAUACAUUAUAUUAGUGUAUUGUACUUGCUUGUCUGGGUCUGCUAUUACUGAAUCAACAGCUAAUGCAAACAAAAUUUCCCCUAAUGGUAAGGGGCUUAAAUUACAUGUACUUUUUGGAGUAAUCUGGGUUCAUGUACAGCAAAAUACAUUUCUAAGCUUUUGUUGAAUCCUGAUUAUUUAUUAAAUUUGGUCAAUCAUA